AUGAAAAUUUUCCUCGUCAUCCUUUUAAGUGUGUUUGCUUUUGGAAAUCAAGAUCAAAACUCAUACACUGAGGAUACAGCAGUUUUAGAGGCACAAACAGAAAAUAACGAGGAAAGCUUAUCUGGCAAUCCAAAUUUGAACUUCGAUCCAAAUGAUGAAUCUAAUCAAAUAGAAACGUCAAUAAAUGAAGGAAAUAAUCAGGAAACAAAUAAUGAUGAGCCUACUAAUAGCAUCCAGAAUGAGCUUAAUCCAAUUACACAAGAAGCUAAUACAAAUGAGGAAAAUCCUAACAAAGAAUACUUCAAUGAUCUUUCAGAACAAUUACUAGAAGAAAACAGCAAUGAAGUAAAAGAACAAUUAAAAACAGAUGAAACUCUUGAAAGUAAAGACAUAAUUGAUGCAGCGAGUAAUGGCCAGGAAGAUUUGCAAUCUGAUAUACAAGAAAAUGCAAAUGGUGCCGAUGAUGCUCAUAUUUUCAAUUCUGCUCAAGAAAGAGGAGAGCAAGCAAGUAAUGAAGUUGAUUCUAUUCAAGAAAAUAAUGUAUUAGAUCAGCAAGAAAAUGUAGUUGCUGAAGAAAGAUUAGAGAUAAAUGAAAAUGCUGAUGGAUUUAUUACUGAAGAAAGUAGCAGCCAAAAUAUUGACCAGAAGGAUAUAGAGAGCCAACCUGUACCAUCUAGCUCAAAUAAUGCCGAAUGCUCUGACGAUUCAUGUAGACUGAAUUCUAAUGCCAAUACAGAAUUAGUAAGCGAAUUACCAUCAGAUCAAGAAAAUGCUUUUGUUGAACAAGAAGCUGAAAACGAAGGUAUAAAGGAGUAUUCUAUAGAAGAAAAUAAUCAUGAUGAAGAAUUAAACAAAGAAGCACUUGAGGAAAGUAAAGAGACUGUAAAUGCUGAUACAUUACAAAUUGAAAAUAAUUCUGAAAGCAGUUCUGAUAAAAUAAAUAGAGAAGAGCUUAAGGAAAGCGUAGGUAAUGAAAUAGGUCGAGAUGAAAAUAACUCUGAAAGUAAUCCUGAUGAAAUAAAUAGAGAAGAGCAAAAGAAAAGUGUAGGAAAUGAGAUAGGCCGAAAUGAAAAUAAUUCUGAAGCGAAAUAUGAUGAAUUAAAUACCAGUGAGCAUGAUGAAAAUAAGGAAACAAAAAAAAUCAAUGAAGAAAGAAACGAAGAAAAUUCUGGAAUAAACCAAGAAGAGUUAAAUGCAAACAAGGAAAACAUAAAUAUUGAGGAAGAACCAAAUCAAGACAGCUCUGGUAUAAGUCAAGAAGAGACAAAUGCAAAUGAACAAUAUGAAAGAGAGGAAAAUAUAAAUUUUGAGGAAACAAAUAAAGAUUCAGGGGCUUUAGAAAAUUCAAAUGCUUUAGAAGUGGAUAAAGCUGCUGACAAUAAACAAAACACAAAUAAGGAUGAGCAACUAGCAAAUAUGAAAGACAUUGAUCUCAGCUCAAAAGUUGAAACCCAAUCUGAAAAAAAUCAAGAUAGUCAUUUAGAGCCUAAGCCUGAAAUUAUUGCUGCUGAUAAACAGUCUGAAAUACAUAUUGACUCUAAUAUCAUUUCUAAUAGCCAAUCAGAGAUACCAAAUAAUACAGAGAAUAAUCAUAUUGAUGAAAUAUCAAUUUUAGAUAUAGACCAGGUAGAUUUUAAAGUCCUAUUUAUAAAAUUUGCAUUGAGAACUGAAAAUAUGAUAUCUUCCAUUUAUUUUUUCAUAAGAAGCAAGCAACCCUACAACAUCAUUAUUUUUUAUUUUUGCUUUUCAUAUAUUAUUUACAAAACUUUCAAGCGAAAAAGAGAAAAUUAUUCAUUUUCUUAUAAAAUCGUUGAAGAAAAGCAGCAAAGUACAAUUGCUCAAAUCAUAGAAGCCAAAAACAAAGAAUUAGAAAACACGAUUUUAUCACUCAAUGAACUAUCUCAAGCUGGCUUGGAUAAUAGCCAAAUUGAAAAAAUAAAGAAUAAACUGAAUUCAGAUCUCAAAGAAAAAUUCUCAGCCAUCAAGAAAGAAAUUUCUAUUAUCCAUGAAAAACAAAAUGAAUUCCAGGCACAAAUUUUGUCUUCACACCAAGAAAUCUGGAUGAAAAUAGAUUCUCUCAAAGAGGGUCCUGAAGAAAUUCCGUAUGUUUCGAUUUCCCAAGUCGCUGUAUCAAUGCAUAUUCCAGAUAAGCCAAGAAAUUUUGAGGAAGACAUAGAUGAAAAGAAUGAAGAAAAUACCAACUUUGAGAUUAGCCAGAAAGGAGAAAUUGAGUCUGAAUGGAAAAAUGAGAAUAAAGCAAAAGAUGCAUUAGAAACUCAAAAUAGUAAUCCAGAAGCUCAAUUUAUUGAACAAAAAAAUCACAACUCUAUGAUAAAUCCUCCAAUACAGCAUUAUAAGGAGGAGCAAAUGGAGCUUAAAGAAGAAAAUAUUCAAAUGGAUUACUUAAAGUUUCCAACUGAAGUAAUAGAGUCUGAAGAGCAAAAACUCAUCCAAGAAAAAGAAAAUAAUCUUAGCCUUAUACAAGAAGAAGUAGAAAUAAAGACAAAUAAAAUAGAAGAAAAAGAAGAGCCUAUAGAUACCAAAUUUUCUCAGCUUCAAGGUACAACUGGAGCAGAAAAACCAUUUUCAAACCCUCCAAAGCCUAAAAUUCCUUCAUUCGCACCUCCAGGCUUCAAGCCUGCCCCGAAGAUUGCGAAGAUAACAAAAGCAGAGCCAGAAAAAAAGCCUCAAAAAUUGCCUGAGACAAGAUCAAAAGUCAUUUCGCAGCCUUUCAUCCAAAAAAGUCCAUUUGCACAACUAUAA